CACUAUUAACUUCCAAUACGAAGUUAUUAUAUCAAGUUGUACAUGCAUGGAUCUGUCAUACUUCCAGAUCCAAGUAAAUUCAACUUGUCUGCGGGGGCGUGCUCGAAAAGUCUACAUGCAACGGGGUUACCCCCAUCCUGGAGGGGCACGACAUGUGGAUGAGAUUGUCAACGCGCGCACAUUUGCUUGCCUUCUCCUUUUUCUCUGACUGAAGUGAUACUACCACUGACUGAGAGAACGACUCGGCUGUGAGCUUCAUCAAGGGAGUGCAAGUUCUCCCAUUGGGACCUGGAAACUCUUGCUAAGCACUACCGCCUGCGCCAUGGAGGGGGGCACCAAGAUCAUGCAGUUGCGCGUGAUGAUCUCCCCCAACAAUGCAAGGCGGAUCGACCUUCCCAGUCGCCCUGAGUCUGUCGAGGAGCUUAAGGCAAUACUCCAAAAUCAGUUGGAACUGAGAGAUGGUUUUCGUCUUCAAUAUGAAGAUGCUUUAUUUGGGAAUUCGCUUUGUAAUUUGCACCACAUAAACGAGUUGCCAGACGGAAGAGCAGUGCUAAAAGUCAUUUGGGAUGAUGAAUUAACUUUGGAAAUCAUUCCUGCUCCAUCUGAUGCCGGCUCUCUGUCUUUUGACCCGGGAAGUCCAAGUAGUUCGACCAGUUCCAUCAUGACCUCUCCAAAUACCAGCCAGCACUUAAGAGAUGCAACACACUGGCCCUCUCUCGACACGGCAAGUCCAAGUAGUUCUACCAGUUCCAUCAUGACCUCUCCAAAUACCAGCAAGCACUUAAGAGUUACAACACACUGGCCCUCUUCAUUUGAUGUGCCCAAGUUCUCCAUAGAUGUUGAACUGCGUCUCAAAAAAGCCAACGACAGUUACAGCCAAACUAAAGUCCCCCUGGUCGUGCCAAGAGAUAUGAAAUCUGAAAUCUUAAGCAAACUUGUGCAGGCAUUAUUUGAGAUCAGGCCAUAUCCCUCAAGAGAUGAGGUUGAGACAGCGGUCAUUGCCCUUGUCCAAAAGCACCCAUGCCUCGCCGAAGAGAAACCUAGUUCAGGCUGGGAUGCUUGGCUCUCAAGUCUUUGGUUUAAGGUGGGAAACUACCGCUACAAAUUACGUCAAGCCGGGAUGCCUGAGGUGGCGAUCAAUCGAAAAAGGCAUGGUGAAGACGGUGUGACAAAAUUCAACCUGAAGAAAUCUAGACGAGCAGAGGUCAACUUUGUUCCUGACCAUCCAGAGGGCCAAACGAAAGAAACACUGGAGGAAGAAAGGUUGGAGAUGAUUGAGGAAAUGAAGAAGAAAAAUGUGGAUACUUCUCUUGUCCAACAGAAGAUGCACUCUACGUUUUCACUGCGCCGUAGAGAAAUAGUGGAAGUCCAGCCACUUGUACAAGAAAUUAAAGAACGAUGGCCAGCAAUGUUUCUGACCGAUGAGUACAAUGAAUUAUUAGAAAUGUAG